AUGACGGACACCAUCAUAAUCAGGGUGCAGUCCCCAGAUGGGAUGAAGAAAAUCGCUUCCACCAAGCGGGAGACUGCGGCUGCCUUUUUAAAGAAGGUGGCCAAAGAGUUUGGCUUCAACUCCAACCGCUUCUCCGUUUACCUGAACCGCAACAAAACGGGAGAGCUCCUCUCCCAGAACAAAAGCCUCAGCCUGCUGAAGAUCAAGCACGGCGACAUGCUCUUCUUGUUCCCGUCGGGCUCGCCGAUGUCUUCGUCCGCCGAGGUGAUGGACACGGCGUCACCGCACUCGUCCUCGUCGGCUUCCUCUUCGUCCUUCCUGUCGUCCCGCCCCCAUUCUGCGCCGCCGAGCGUGCAGGAGGACGACAUUGACCAGUUUCUGACCAAGCAAGACGGCAAGAUUUACAGGAACCGAGACACGCAGCUAUGUCGACACGGCGCCCUUGGCAAAUGCGUCCACUGCGUGCCGUUAGAGCCUUUCGACGAAGACUACCUGAACCAUCUGGACCCGCCCGUCAAGCACAUGUCAUUCCACGCGUACCUGCGUAAACUGACCGGAGGAGCCGACAAAGGCAAGUUUGCGGCCCUGGAAAACAUCAGCUGUAAGAUCAAGUCGGGCUGUGAGGGACACCCCCCUUGGCCGGAGGGCAUCUGCACCAAAUGCCAACCCAGCGCCAUCACCCUCAACAGACAGAAAUACAGACAUGUAGACAACAUCAUGUUUGAAAACCACACGAUUGCCGACCGCUUUCUGGACUUCUGGCGGAAGACGGGCAGCCAGAGGGUGGGCUACCUGUACGGCAGGUACACGGAGCACAAAGACAUUCCCUUGGGGAUCCGCGCUGAAGUGGCCGCCAUUUACGAGCCUCCGCAGUGCGCCACUCAAAACAGUCUGGAGUUGCUGGAAGACCCCAAAGCCGGCGCCGUGGACGAGAUCGCCGCCAAACUCGGCCUUCGGAAGGUGGGCUGGAUUUUCUCAGACCUGCUCUCCGAGGAUACCAGGAUAGGAACUGUUCGCUUCACAAGAAAUCAGGACUCGCACUUCCUGAGCGCCGAGGAGUGCAUCACGGCAGGGUAUUUCCAGAAUCAGCACUCCAACCCGUGCAAGCUCUCUCGGGACGGACACUUCGGCUCCAAGUUUGUGACGGUGGUGGCCACAGGCGCUUCUCGCUCAGGCGGUCCGGACAACCAGGUGCACUUUGAGGGCUACCAGGUGUCCAAUCAGUGCAUGGCUCUGGUGAGGGACGAGUGCCUGCUGCCCUGCAAGGAUGCCCCAGAGCUAGGCUACGCUAAAGAGUCCAGUCCCGAGCAGUACGUGCCGGACGUGUUCUUCAAGGACAAAGACAAGUUUGGAAACGACGUCACCUUCCUGGCUCGGCCUCUUCCUGUGGAGUAUCUCAUCAUUGAUAUCACCACGACGUUCCCGAAGGACCCCCAGUUCACCUUCAGCUCCGCUCAGCGCUUCCCCAUCGAGAACCGAGAAAUCCUCGGAGAGACGCAAGACUUCCACAGCCUAGCCACGUAUUUGUCCCAGUGCACUUCGGCCUCCUUCCUCGACGUUGUUUCCGACUUCCAUCUGCUCCUCUUCUUGGUCACCAAUGAGAUCAUGCCUCUGAGGGACACCAUCGGACUGUUGCUGGACGCCGUCAAGACGUCGGAUGAGGAGCUCGCCGAGACCUGGAAGAAGUCUGAGCAGUGGGCCACCAUUGAACAGCUCUGUGGCACGGUCGGGGGUCAGCCAUCAGGUUCUAUGGGCUCGGACGGCACGGUCGACCCAUCAGCCUCUCCGUUGUCCUCCGCCAUGUGGUCGUGCGUGCAUUGCACCUUCAUGAACCAACCCGGUACCGAGCACUGUGAAAUGUGCAGGCUGCCCCGCAGUUAA